UGCUCAUUCGCUCCUACUCUAUGUGUGAAAUGGAUAAAUUGCUCUCGUUCGCGUUCGGGAGUACCAUUUUGUGAAUCCUAUUUUAUGUGCAAAAGGACUUACUUGGAUUUCUAUGAAUUAAAGAACUUAUUUUAUUGAAUUAUUUUUAUAUUCUAAUUAUUAUGAAUAAUGGAAUGUACCCAUUUAUUAGAUAACGUUAACUUGGAUAGCGAUCUUUUCGGUGAGGAGACUGUGAUCACAAAGGACUUUAAUUGUUCAGAAUGUGCGAUCAAAGAGCAGAACUGGCUAUGUUUGCAAUGUGGUGUUGUCAACUGUGGCCGGUAUGCAAACGGACAUGCAAAACAUCAUGCCGAGUCACUUGACCAUCAACUAUGUAUGAGCUGCGAUGUGUACUCGGUUUACUGUUACAAAUGUGAUGACUAUGUUUCAAACGAUGUAGAUCUUCAAACUAUAGACAAAAUAAGGCAAAGUAUUAUGCAUGUUAGGAAUAAUGAAGACGCUGAACCAAAUAGCAACAUAGAACAAAUUGAAGAUGUCAAAGACAAUCAGAGUCCCAACAGUCCUGUAUCAAAUGAAUUGGAUUCAAGCGAUAAGAUUGGAUUGUCCCCGAGUAUCAUUGAAGAAACCAGCAUUGAAGUGACGCCGACCAGCUCAUGUGAUGUUCCAAGCUCAGAACCGAGUGUCUCUGAUAUGACUGAAAAUAAAACAUCAAAAACUGCAAAGAAUGCAGAGGAACCAGUGCGCAGCUUGCGACCACGUUCACGGAAAAGAUCUCAUUCCGAAGACAGUAGUUCAGCAGAGAAUACAAGUCAACCUUCUAGGAGCAAAGAGAAGAAAUCAUCUCCUUGUAAUGGAAAGAGUCAGAGAGAAAAGAAGAUAGUAGGUUUAAAAAAUUUAGGCAACACAUGUUUUAUGAAUGCGGUGCUGCAGAGUCUUAAUAAUAUACAGGAAUUUAGUUGUUACUUCAGUCAGCUGCCGUCGUUGGAAAUGAAAUCGAAUGGGCGUAAAGUGUACCAUUCGAGGAGUUACACCCGUCAAGAGAUGCAUGACGUUGUGAUGGCAGAGGAGCUCAGAAAGGUACUCAUAAACCUGAACACGGGCGGAUGCGGGUCGAAGGGCGCUAUAUCUCCGGAGUGCCUGUUCUUGGUCAUCUGGAAGGUGGUUCCACGGUUUCGUGGCUACCAGCAACAAGACGCACACGAAUUUUUGCGGUACAUGUUGGAUAGACUGCACACGGAGCUGCAGCAGCUGCUGCCGGCCGAGCGGCCCGCCGCCUCCAUCGUGACGGCCGUGUUCGGCGGCACGCUGCAGAGCGAGGUCCGCUGUCUGGCUUGUGGGACAGAAAGUAAGAAGUUCGACCCAUUCCUAGAUCUGUCUCUGGAGUUGCCCGAGUCAGGUAGACAUGAAACUCCGGUGGCGCUUACUGAUUGUCUCUCGAGCUUCGUUCAGGUUGAAGAGUUAGCCGAUACAGAGCGUUACUUCUGCAGUAGUUGUAAAUGUAAACAGAAAUCAACCAAGCAGUUUUGGAUACGGAGAUUACCCAAUGUUCUAUGUUUACAUCUCAAGAGAUUCCGGUGGCAUAAUUACUUUAGGACAAAAGUAGACACGAGCAUAUCGUUCCCGCUGAGCUCCCUGGACAUGUCCCGCUUCGUGCUGGCCAACGUGCCCGACACGCGCCGCUCGGGCCGCGGCAGCUUCCUGUACGACCUGGCCGCCGUCAUCGUGCACCACGGCUCCGGCGCCGGCUCGGGCCACUACACGGCGUUCGCCAUCAACGAGGAGCAAUGGUUCCACUUCAACGACCAGACGGUGCGCGCGACGGACGCCAGCGCCGUGGCGUCGUGCAAGCCCUACAUCCUGUUCUACAUCCGCCGGGAGUUCGCGCUGCCCUCCGCCUCGUGACCGACCGGCGCGCCCGACGACCUCAGCUGCGAGCCCGAGCCCUAGCGUGGCCGCCCCCUAGGUUUCCUGAUUACGUUGGCUUUUCAUACGGAGCGGAGCUCACGCCGGUAUAAGUUCCGAUCGGAAAAGUGUUCGAAACAACGUCAUCUCGAACGCAACUUGCGUACAUUUUGAGCAUGUCAACGUUUACGAACGCUAAUUUUUCUUUGGAAUGCGCCAGUUCAUACAUCUUAUGUAACUUCUUAUUGGAAAGAAACGAACGUGGGCUCCCAGCUGAUGGAAUUCCAAAUUAAACUUUGUAAAACAGAAACAAAGUCAGGAAACCUCUCAUUCGCAAUCCGCCUCAAUGUGAUUCGAAACAUGUGUUUGAGAACGUUUUGUCUCCCAUACAAUGACAUUCGUAAGAGGAUGGCUGUUAGAAAUCUUAAUAAUCCUGAUGCAGCUGUUGUUCGUUGUUAACGUAUAGAAUGGUGUGAUUUCGAAUUUACGCUCAUAGCUAUGGCAUGUUCAGACUAGUGAAAUUACUGUGCAGCUCAUACUUUUUAGUCUUCGGCCAGUAAAUAUGUAUUAGACGCAUUAUUAUAUAUUAAAUUCAAUCUCGUUUGGCAUGAUCUUGGCACUCGUAUUUAUAUAUUAUACUAUUCGAUUUUUGAAUAUGAAUUAAGAAUAUUGGAAAAGUUUCGCUUAUUAAAAAUCAUAUAUUCUGUGACAUCUGAAAAGUUCUACUCAUAUCAACAAUUAAAACUUAGGAAAUAGGAACCGAUCAGUCUCCUUUCGAGUCUACUUCAUAAAACGUGACAUUGGCAGAAUAUUUCUCGUCUAGUUUACAGAAGUGAAAAAAGUAGAAAGAUGAAUAGGAUUCAAGUAAAAAAAAAUUUUUUCACGAUUUUAUCUUCACCAUUGAAUUUUGAAAAAAAAAGAAUCACAUAGAUCUAAGCCGGUCUGGAUUUGAACCUGCGAUCUUGUAAGACCUAUCUGUUCGAAUAACUGGACCCAUCUCGGCUCUACUAAGAUAAAUAUCCUAUCAUUUAUUUUCACGGCUGUUUUUUUUAUGUAUUUUAAUUGACCUAAAGUCAUAAUUGAUACUGAUUUAAAAGGGCUGGUCUCUUUCCGGUUUUAAAUAUUCUUAUUAGAUGUCAUAAAUAUAAUUGACAUGAUAAUAAAAUAGUUGUUGAUGAAUUAUAAAUAUUUAAGCUAAUUGAAUAUACAGAAUACAUGUAAAGUUAACAUUGAUUCAUUAACAAGGCGACUGACCUAAUUUUCUCGUAAUGUAACAUUCGCAACGAGACUGAUGCCUUACGUUGUCAUCUAAAGUGUGCUUGUAAAGACAGAACCAUGCUAGUUGCGAGCACAGUGCUUAGCAGUGCUAGUUACGAGCACUGUGCUUAGACGUGCUAGUUACGAGCACUGUGAUUAGCAGUGCUAGUUACGAGCACAAUGCUUAGCCAUGCUAGUUACGAGCACAGUGCUUAUCCGAGCUAGUUACGAGCACAGUUCUUAGCUCUGCUAGUUACGAGCAUAGUGCUUAUCUGUGCUAGUUACGAGCACAUUGCUCAGCCGUGCUAGUUACGAGUACCGUGCUUAGAUGUGCUAGUUAGGAGCACUGUGCAUAGCUGUGCUAAUUACGAGCACAAUGCAUAGCUGUGCUAGUUACGAGCACAGUGCUUUGCUGUGCUAGUUACGAGCACAGUGCUUAGCUGUGCUAGUUACGAGCAUAGGUCCUGCUCAGCCAUUAGCAAUUUCGGUCACAGUGAAUAUUUCAGACGAUAACAUUUUAUUAUAUAUGACAAUCUUGCGAUAAAUGCGUGUGCUCGCAACGAUGAAUUCAUUCAGUUUUUACUGACUCGAGAGACACCGACAACGAGGAGGACGCUCGGUGCUUCUCGCUAGAGGAAGUUCGGAUCGCUUUGUUGACUAUAAAUUACGUUAAAAUAGAGGUCAGUCAACUUUACACGUGUGUUCAUACUGAGCACUUUACAUAAUGAAUACAGUUUGCUUCAUUUAUUUGUAAAAUUUUUUAAACACGAAUGAUUGUAAAGCAUGUCAUUUUUACAUUCCUAAGAAAUAUCUGUUUUUUUUUUAAUGUAUUCACAGCGUUAUACGCAGCGUUUAAAUGCUCGUUAACUAUAUUGUGAUAAGAAAAUGUGUGUAAAUAGGACGUUUUGAUGAUUUGUGUCGUGAAGUGGUCUCUUUUGCAAGUACCUAAUUGUUUAACAACAGGUUUAUUUUAAUUACUUCAAUUACUGGAAGUUAAUAGUGAUUGAAUUUAAUAAAUUCGCCAACUUAA